AUGCCACGUUAUGGCACACUCUUUCAUGUCACAGGCAUCAUCCGCAACCAUGUUACCGCACAAGUACCCCGUAUGAUUCCCGCCGUUGGUGGGUUUGCAAGUGCAACAACAUCUACAGAGUCCAAGCAGAAACAGCAGAACUCUUCCUCCUCCUCCUCUCCGCUGACGCCCCAGCACUCGGAUCUCGAGUCGUUUCUCGAGGACGCGAGGCGGCGUGGGCUGGACGAGAAAUCGCCCUUGUUCACGGGGACGCGGUACGAGUACCUCGUGGCGGAGCGUCUGGCGCGGUACGGCUUCUCGCUGCGCAGGAUAGGCGGCGCGUCGGACUUUGGGGUCGACCUGGUGGGCGAGUGGACGGUGCCGUCAUCACCAAACCCAGCGAUCAAGGUGACAACGAGCCCGUCGAUCAAGGUCCUGGUGCAGUGCAAAGGCGGGAUCCAGCGGGUAGGCCCGCACAUGAUCCGGGAGCUGGAGGGAUCCUUCGCCGGGGCGCCGCCCGGCUGGAGGGGCCAGGGCGUGCUGGGCUUGCUGGUGGCGGAGAAGACUGCGACCAAGGGCAUGCGGGAUGCUCUCGGUAGGGCGGGGAUGCCGAUGGGGUAUUUCUGCUGCGGGGGGGAGGACGGGGUGGUGAGGCAGAUGCUUUGGAACCAGAGGGCGGAGGAGGGAGGGUUGGAGGGCGUUGAUGUUGCGCUGAGGAGGGGAGGGGAGAGGGAGAGGGAGAGGGAGAGGGAGAGGGGCGAGGUUGUUCUUGUUAAGAAUGGAGAGCCGCUGCCGUUUGUUUGA